GGGCAAUCAGGAGAGGCAACACACGGUCAACACACGCUCAAGUCGGCAAGGAGGAUCAGAAACAAGGCCAAAAAGAGGAGCUGAGGAACUUAGCAAGGGAGGUGCAGAGUCGGCGACAGAUUCAAGGGGGAGAAGGAAAUCAACACGACCAAUACCAAAGGAAGGAAAAAAGGGAGAAGCAAUGGCGGCAUCAUCGGCAACAUCUCAGGCAGCGAAUCCGCCAGCACCAUACUCGCAGGCGGCGCAAAAGGCAAUGAAUGAAGGAGAGAAAAGGUGGAGACGGACAUGCUCCAAGCGAAUAGAGGACAAGGACACCGGCUUCCUGGUCAAACCAAUGAUUGAAGACUCGAUGGUUCUAAAUUACAAACAGAGACUCACCACAGUGGAAGAACUGCACCAAGUGGGGAAGACAGUUGAACAUGUGUUCACUGAAAACCGUAGGGCUAGACAAAAAGCAGGGGAGAACAAUGGAGAGAGUCAAACACUACAAGAUGCAGAGGACGAAGGAGACAAUAUGGAGUGCGGAAGCGGGGAACGGGACCCCACCACGACUUCUUUACGGAAGAGGAAGGGGACCGCAUCGGGAACGGAGGAGGACACUCAGGUGGAACAGCCGGGCAAAAGAGCACAAGAAGGGUCUACCACCCACGAGACACACGGGAGCCAGACGCCAAAAUUGUCUCAACAACAGUCAAGGGGGGAGGGGAGCAGCCCAGAAGGGGAAUCCAUGGAAACAUCACAGGAAGAGACCCCGACUGCCAGCCAAUCUUCAGCCAGAGGGGUCGGACAGCGCCCCAUGAGGGGUCGAGAGAAUCGGACAGGAGAAGAGAUUAAACAAGCGGAGGAAGACCAAGGGGAGGACCAAGGGGACGAAGGAGGAUGCACAGCUGGUCGGUACAUUCUGAGCUGUGACGCAGCUGUUCGUGGAGCAAAGUACGUUGCACGUUUUGCCUCGCCUGCUGGAGCGGGAGCGUGUGUUGCUGCUGGUGACACGACACGUCUUCAUGAAGAGACGGGGGCGUUAUCAGCUGCUGCUGUUGCGCCGUGGUCUGGAGCUGCCCGUGCAAAUAUAUCUGUUGCAGAUCUGGAUCCGGCGGAUGGUGUUGCAACAAUUGUGGCGGGAUCCCAGGCGGGAGUUGUUGUCGCUGAAGCGCUUGUGCUUGGAGCUCUGUGUUCUGCACCUGCUGCGUUUGUGAGCGGGGGUAUAAGUCCAUCUGCUGGAGCUCUGAACUCUGCCCCAGCUCUGUUUGCAGGUGGGGGUAGAGGUCCAUUUGCUGUGGCGGGUCCCCUUCCUGACCUUGGGAGGGCUGAUGCUGGAUCAAUUGCAGUUGGUGUUGUAGUUGAUGAGUGUCCCGCAGCUGAUUGUGAUGAGCGGGCUGCUGUGUUGGGGGCUGAUGAUGGUGUGACUGCGUCAGAAAUUCAUGAGGUUCCAUGUCAUCAACUUGAGGUGGUUGUGGGCGCUGUCCGAUCACCUCAUCGUGUUCCGCUUCUAGCUUGCGGAUUUUGUGGUUCAGGGGGGGGCCCAAUCCGGAGCCGAGUUUGUGUCUCGGCAGGGGGCUCCGUCUGGAGCUCCGUCUGGGGUGUCUCAGAGGAGGGCCCAGUCUGGAGCCCCGUCUGGAGUGCAGCUGCAGACACAUUCACGAGCGAUACUGGGUGGUUCAUCGCGGGUAUGAUGCCAACUCUUGUGGACCCUAGUUUUGUUCACGACAGAAAAAGCGCUUUCACUUCCCAGGUUCAGUCCAUUGGCAUGGGAGGCAACAUCCACCUGGAACUGGCGAUCAUUCUGAAGGACUUCGAACGAAGAUGGACGAUUCCACUAAGUUUAUCGAGCCCUCAGAAAAGGUCCCAGUUGGGAUUUCCCAGAUCCAAGGGCACCCCACUCACAAACUCCCGGCACUCCACACCGAGACAUCUGUUGUCAUGGCGGUCGAUGGCGGCAACUACACAGCGGUCUGACACAUUGAGAGGGAGGGCUGACGGUGACGACUCCGAUGCAGCAACAGUAGACAUGAAAUCGCCUCUGAAGGAUCUGAAGAUGGAGAAAGGUGAGGGAGAGAGGCUUGCCCAGGUGGAGCGUCGGAUGCUGGAAAGGGCACUGGCACACCGUGGAAGUCCGACAGCAGCAGAGGAGCUGCGCCAUGUAUUAGGCAGUCAGGCUCGAUUGCAGUCGCCAAGAGCACAGGAUGAGGAAAGCGACGAGAAGCCGGUGGGUGGGAAGGGAUCGGGGUGGACUGCCGCUCGGCUUCGCCAAGAGAGGAAAGAGAGAGGAAGCAGGACACAAGAUGUAAGCAACGCAGCUCGAGCUGGGGCGGUGGGAGCAGGCAGCAAAAUUCAACGAGGGCCCAACCCCCCCGGAAGGGGAACGGGUGAUGACUAUCCAAGGGGUGCAGCUCUGGAGCGCAGUGGUCGGCCCAUUGCCGCACGAGGAACCUGGGGUAUGAGAUUUGCAGCUGCAAGAUCAGAGUCUGCAGAAAGUGACACUCUGACGCGGACAAGUAACCGUGAGAUCGAUCCGGGAAUGGUCAGUAGCGACCAGGAGAUGGCCGGGGGGGCUCUUUUGACAGGUAGAAGACGAGGAGGAUUCACCCUGCACAGGAUGGUGGACACAGAUGUCGAGGAUCACGAGAAAACAGACAGCGGGAACCAAGCGAGCACUUCAGAGGAGGGAAAGGGGAACCUCUUCGGGAGACUCGAUCAUUUCAUGUCAGCAAAAAAGCUAGAAGCACAAAGCCUGUUUCUCCAAUACGAUAAAGACAAGGAUGGGCUGCUGGAUUCCUCUGAGAUACGCGAGAUGAUUCUGCAUAUCGCUGGGCGAAUAAAUCGGACAGAAAUGCAAUACUUCAAGGUGAUGAUUGGCGAUGACGCCGGUGACACAGCGUCCUUCGAGGAUCUCCUGAAGAAAGUAUCAGAAUGCGCGAAGGCGGAGGAGGCAUCCCUCAAACGAGCACUAGGGCUGCGUACCAGGCUCUCAGAAUUGGGUGAAGCAUUUAAGGCUGCUGUCACAGGCAGUCGUGAGCGAGCUCAAGACCUAUUCAACACCUUCGACCACAACAGAAAGGGAUUUCUUGAUCCGGAAAACAUCGAUGCUCUGGCCAAGGAAUUGAUGCCAGCCAUCAGCCUGGAAAGCCGCCGGCUACUGCAAACAGGCCUGCUGCUCACCGCCGGAUCUUCGAGUUUGAAGCAAAAAGUUACAGGACUGAGAUUUCCUGAACUGCUGCGAAAAUUAAGAUUCGUGGAGGAAAGAGCUCGCUCGUAGGAUGCAAAAAGAACCACCAAUUCUGCAAUGCCAACGC